AUGGCAUUGACCAUCAUUGGCUCUCCUUUGAAACCACCGGAUGAUCAGGUCAUGCAAGAGGCAUCAAAAGAGGUAUCAUCAUUGAAGCCGCAAAUUCAAAGUUUUCCACAGGUUGUAGCUUCAUCCACCCAAUGGUUUUCAGAAGCAAGGAAAAUAGUUAACACAUCCUUGGAAUGGGAGGAUAAAGAAAUCGAAGGCCCAGAAGGAGACUUAGCGAUAAAGUUUGAUAAACUCACUUUGGAUAGAUUACGCUCACCAUGGAAAUUAACAUUAAUGGGUAAAUGUAUGGGUGUUCAAGUUAAAUCCAGCUAUUUGGAAACAAGGGUUAGAGCGAUGUGGCGAGUUAAAGGGUUGUUGGAGGUCAUAGAUAUAGGGAAACAAGUUUAUUUGUUUAAGUUCUCGCAACCGGAUGAUUAUGAGAGAGCGUUAUUCGGAGGACCAUGGUAUAUCCUAGAUCAUUACUUAAUGAUGUCUCCUUGGAGGCCAAAUUUCAGGCCUUCCAUUAACGAGUUUGAUUUCAUGUCAGUAUGGGUAAGAAUUGAGGAGCUUCCUGUAGAGUAUUAUGACAAGGACGCUCUUUUCGAAAUUGCGAAGGUAGUAGGGAAACCUAUUCGAGUGGAUUAUGCCACUGAUAAAAUAUCAAGAGCACGAUACGCCAGAAUCUGUAUCGAAAUUGAUCUCAGGAAACCAUUGAUUACCAGGGUGUGGGUUGGGGGGACAUUGGCAAGUCAUAGUGUACGAGAAUAUCACGACUCUGUGUUUUGGUUGUGGCAAAGUAGGUCACGUUAA